CAUAAGGGUGUUGUUUAUAUCGUGCUUGAGAGUUGAUAUUUGAGUGGUCUUUCAAUGGGGCAUUUGGGUCAGAAUAUUUUGAAUUAUGAACUUGAAAAUGGAGUCAAUAUGUGUUGUGAUGAAGACUGUUCUAAGAAUGAGAUCAAUACAACUCUUAUUCAGUAUGCUGUGAAAGACCUAUUGACGGGUCUUGGGGAAGACAUCAACAGGGAAGGCAUUAUAAAGACACCUCUUCGUGUUGCCAAGGCACUUUGUGAUGGAACCAGAGGUUAUAGUCAAAGUGCGAAGGAAAUUGUGGAAGGUGCACUAUUCCCUGAAGCUGGCGUAGACAACACAAAAGUUGGUCAUGCAGGUGGAGUAGGUGGGCUUGUGAUUGUGAGAGACCUUGAAUUUUAUUCCUAUUGUGAGUCUUGCAUGCUACCAUUUUAUUUUAAGUGUCAUGUGGGUUAUGUCCCUUCUGGCCAAAGAGUUUUGGGUUUAAGCAAGCUCUCUCGUGUGACCAAUGUGUUUGCAAAACGACUCCAAGAGCCUCAGCGUCUUGCAGAUGAGGUGUGUUUUGCUUUGCAUCAAGGAAUAGAACCAGCAGGUGUUGCUGUCGUUCUUCAAUGCACACACAUCAACAUUCCAGACACAGUUUUUGACACAAAUCACAAAGGGUUGGUGGAGACACUAGUUUCUUCAGGGUCUGGUGUUUUUGAAAACAAAGAUGCAGACAUGUGGGGUGAUGUUUUUGGUCUUCUUAAGUUUAGAGGAAUUGAUAAGGAUAAAGUACAUGUUAAGGGAUCAUUAGACCAAUAUUGGUGCCCUUCUUUGUCAUCCAAGAUUGGAGAAAUCAACCCUAUUAUGGUCACUGCAGUAUCUUCAAUUCUCAAGUCUUUAGGUGAGGAUCCAACAAGAAAGGAGUUAGUAGGGACUCCAAGUAGAUAUGUGAAAUGGCUGAUGAACUUCCAAUAUUGCAGUGACAUUGAUGGGAAGCUGAAGCUGAAUGGUUCCCCUUGGAGUGGGGAGGUAAACUUUGAUGAGAAAGAGGUACACUCAGAGCUAAACUUGCCCUUUUGGUCACAAUGUGAGCAUCAUCUACUUCCAUUUCAUGGUGUUGUUCACAUAGGAUAUUUCAUUUCCAAAGGGUGUCACCCCAUUGAAAAAUCUCUUUUACAGUCAAUAGUGCUUUUUUAUGGUUUUAAGCUUCAAGUUCAGGAGAGGCUCACCAAGCAGAUAGCAGAAACUAUUUCUCCACUGAUAGGUGGAAAUGUGAUAGUAGUAGUGGAAGCAAGUCACACAUGUAUGGUUUCUAGGGGGAUUGAGAAGUUUGGAAGCAACACAGCUACCAUUGCUGUAUUGGGACGCUUUUCAAUUGACCUUGCUGCAAAAACCGCGUUUUUGGAGAGUAUUCCAAAAUGAGUGUUAAUGAGGCUAGCUCACUCCUGGAAGGAUUUCUAAAUUUUUCCAUUCUCAUCAUUCUUUGCAUAUUUAAGGUUUUGCUUCCUUCCUUCUUGAUGUAAUAACCCAAUACUAUAUAUUGUAUUGAGGGAGUGAGAAUUUUCAAAGCUAAAUAAGAGUUGAAGUUCAU